UCUGGUUGAACCUGCCACAGCACCUGGAGCAGUGUCGUUUUUCUUCUUGUAGCGCAUGGAACACCCAGAAGCUACAUGGCUCGCAUCACCGCACACGUAACAGCCGACUUGCAGGCGAGAGCCGGGCGCCCACGGAUGAGGAGGUUGUUCAGGUUUUGCAGGCUGUAUUUUUGUGAGGCAGGUAGUAGCUCGAGCCUUAAGCGAAUGUGUGAGAGUCAAAAUUAAAUCGACACCAUCCAAUACUUCAACUACUUUAAACGGCCCUUUAAACUUCGUAUCUAAUUACGUUUGAUUAUGCUCUUCGUAUUAAUGUGUGGACGAGCUCAUAGCCCACCUUGUGUUAAGUGGUUACUGGAACCCAUAGACAUCCACAGCGUAAACGCACCACACACCUUGAGAUAGAAGUUCUAAGGUCUCAGUAUAGUUACAACCGCUGCCCCACUCUUCAAACCGAAAUACACCACUGCUUCACGGCAGAAAUAGGCAGUGUGAUGGUACCCGUGCGGUCGAUGGCACUAUACGGAGCACCCGUCUGGUGCCACGUCCUUACCCACGAGAACGUCGCCGCGCUGCGACGCCGGCAGCGCGCGAUCGCAGUUAUUCAAUGAUACCUCACAGUCUCCUACGAGGCGGCGCGCCCUAGUGCAAGUGCAGCCGGAGCGCGGGGGCUCCAAUAUCGGCAGUCCGUGCUGGAGGCGUGAUCUCGUCGUUUGGCGGACCCGUCAGCCGGCCUCCGUACCGUCGAGGCGAUCUGCCCGGUUCUCGCGGACUGGGUGGGCCGCGACCGCGGAAGUCUCACCUCCGGCUACCUGUGCAGACUCACAAGACAUUUUACCACCAUGCAAACUUCUUACCGCAACAAAUCUUACCAGCCACCACGCAAACUACAAUUUUACGGGUUCCACCUCUCUUACACGAUGUUACUCCCACACUGAGGAAGCCAGCCGCGAACACUUUCAAGCACGCACAAGCACGCACUUCACCGGAAAAACCUGCAUCCGCCAGCGGAACCCGAACACCGCCGCAUCGCCAGACACGAACGCACCGGACGUCUUAUCUUACAGGUCACGACGACUUCAGAUGUCUCAAUUUUUCUUCCCCACGGAAACUUGCUUGCUUUCUUGUUUGCUUACUUGCUGGAGCCCGAAGUCAUCGAACGUGUAGUGUUAUUGGUAUUGAAUCUAGUAGAUUCUAAAAUUUCAGCGACAAUUCACAGUCUCAUGUCCUGGUUUACUACACUAGUGCCAUGCAACUCUAGCAGAAGUCAGCCGCUUAAAAUAAUUCUUGUCCGAACUACCCACUCGUCAUGACAGAUCCAUUAUUGCGGUCGAAGUUUCACUUGAGAUUUGCACUUGCCUUAAUUUCUUGCAAUAGCUUGUUACGUGUUGUAUUUCCGUUAGUAAACGCCAUGUGAUGACGUCGACAGUCAAACUGGGCAACAUGAGCCAGAACGUAAGAUGUGACGAUUUCUUCGUGGCUCAGAUCUUCCAUCGAGGUAACAGAGACGUUAUUACACGACUUACGUAUGCUGCAUUCACGCUCUUGUGGCGUACCACUACUAGUAUUCUGAUCUGCAUCAUGUUUUUUUGCUGUACUUCGAACAUGUUCAAACACGUCACGCCAGUGAGAGUAGAGUCCUGAUCUCACUUCUGAUGUAAGCUGUUGUUUACGAGUGGAACGACACGGCCGGCGCGCCUGGCUUGUGUGAGUCACUCCUAUUGCACGUGCUAUAUAACAUAAAUAUCGUUAACGCCGUCAUAUACAUAUAUAUAAUACGAAGGCUUGAUUAGGUAAAGGGAUGACGCCCGGCGGCUAGGACUCUCCGGCGUCGUGUUGUCAUCUGCUUUUUUUUUUUUUUUUACUUACUGUCUAACUACAAACUAACUAAAACUAACUAUACAAUAUAUACAAAGCACAACAACAACAGUCAGCCGGCUUGGGCCCGCCACCGCCCUAUGCCGCGGCCCCACCUCUACAAACAAGAGGAGGAGCCACGGCACUUUGUUUUGGCGCUCACGCUCUCGGGCUCCCCAGAAGGGGAAGACCGAAGCGGGGAGGGACCUACAUUAUGAUACCACAUACCUGACGAGGUAGAGGCCCACCCAAGAGGGGUGGUAGAACGGGUCCCCAUAGGGGCGCACCCCAACAAUGUGGGGGGAAAUGACGAGUGUGGACAGCUCAGUCCCUUGGGGGCACUCAUAAUGAGCACUCCCAUAUCACUCCGAUUAAGCCGACUUACCAUAGCCGUGGGUUCCAGUAGCUCCCUUGGUAGCGCCCGACCAUCUGGUGGUCUGGCGUGCAAGGGAGCUAUAUUGUGAAGAUGCUCGUGGGGUCCACCGUCAGCCCGCUAGUAAAGAUUACGAGUUCCGGAUGAACUCCUCGAGCGACUUCACAUCCAGAUCCCAAGUGAUUACGUUAUUUCUGAAGUAACGCCCUGCUCCGACUAUCGUGCAAAGAGCCAGAUUUUGCUGGGCCUCUAACUUCACCCGAAUGAUCUGCGGGAUGAGGUGAUACCAGACCGCAGCUGCGUACGUGAUACGGGAACGAACAUACGUCUUGUAAAUGCCGAGCCCAGCCCUGAUAGGCAACCUGGAGGCCAACGCCGACUUGGCAUGGACGGUCAUCUUCAAACUCCAGUUUAUACUGACCCCCAAGUACCGGACGCUGGAUCUAAACUCGACAUUAGCGUCACGGAGACUGAGAUAGCUCCGGGACGACUCUUGUGCGGACCGGACCGAAGAGAAUAGCCGCAGUCUUCCUCACGUUGACCGUGACCCUCCAUCGGUCCAGCCACUGGGACAAUAGAUCCAAUAACCUCUGCAUCCCUCGAAAUGGCCGCGGAGGGGAAAUUUGAGGACGCGAAGAAGGCGCUGUCGUCGGCAAACAGCACCAUCUUCACGUAGGCUUCUCGCUCUCGGAGGUUGCCCUCGAGAGUGGGAAUGUCGUUAGUGUAAGGAGCGUAGAGGAAUGGUGCCAGGACACUUCCCUAGGGAACUCCGGCCGUAACUGGGUGCACCGACGACUUGGCGCCCUCGACCGCGACAAGGAAGGAUCUUCCCUCUAGGUACGACCCCAGCAGUCGCAGGUAGGCGUGCUGGAGGUCCGUGUUCUGCAACAGCUUGUAGAACAGUCCCGCAUGCCAGACACGGUUGAAGGCUUUCUCGAUAUCGAGAAAGACUGCGACGGUGUACUGGCGCGCGUUGGACCGAUCCGCCAAGUGAUGCAUAAUGCGGACCAAUAGCAGCGUUGUCGAGUGGCCGCUACGAAACCCGAAUUGCUCAGGUCUGAGAAGGAUGUGCGACGACACCCUUCUCAGCAGCAGCCGCUCGAACAACUUGCCCACAUGCGACAGCAUGGUGAUCGGACGAUAACUGGAGGGAUUUCUCUUAUUCUUGCCGGGUUUGGGUAAGGCAAUAACCUUGCCCAAUUUCCAAAUUUCCGGGAAGUGUCCUGUGGACAGAAUGGAAUUGAACAGCCGUGUCAUAUAUGACACGACCGUUUCAGGGAAGUGAAAAAAUGCGAAGGAGGGAAUACCGUCCUCACCCGGCGCCUUGCGCCUCUUCAUCCGCUUGAUGGAGAGGUGCUAUUCGCUAGGAGUGAUGAAAUCGUGAUCUCCCAACGAUUUUCAUAGGUAAGGGGAAAGAUGUAGUCAUGCGAUUAUUCACGACAAGCGGCCCGAUCCGGCUCCGCUCGGGUCUUAAACAAAAAUUUCAACGAUAUUUGACGUUGUUUUAUUGUUUUAAAUAAAAUAACACUUAUUGCGGCAUAACUAUAAUAGUUAGAUAUGUUGUCGCCACCCUUUUUGUAAAUAAUAAUGUGUUCUACAAAGUCGUAGUACAUUAUUUUAUUCUAUUAUCAAUAGUUUUCGCAGGGCACGCGAUCUAAAGAAUAUUUUACGUAAUUUUUUUACACCUUGGGUUACAUUAUUGGAGUUUAAGUAAGGAUCCCUAAUUUUUUUCAAAAAUUUUUAUAGCCUAUGGCAUUCGGGAAUAAUGUAGCUUUCAAAUAGUGAAAGAAUUUUUCAAACACACAAACAAAUCUUUCCUCUUUAUAAUAUUAGUAUAGAUAUUACAAUUAUGGACAUGUCGAUUUUAAUACAUAAUGUUUUCUUUAUAGAAAUGUAUUUUGAGUGUCGCGUUUGUAGUAUUGAUUGUUUGAAAUCAAUAUUAUAUUUUGAAUAAAAUCUUAUACCUUUAAAUGAGCAAUUCUUGUAUAUAUAUAUGUCGUGGAUAACGACUUUUGGUAAUAUUAAGACGGUGGUUUUGAUUAUUAUUUUAAAUGAUGAAAUGUUGUUUUGAUAAAUAUCACAAAAUGAAGGGUAGACUCCGUAACGCCACAGUAUAAAAUGGCGGUACGUGGACAGAGUCGUGGCAUUCCGUGUCAGACAGUCAUUCCGUCCGUCUCAGUCAGUGAGUCAGUCGGUCUGUCGGUAUGUGCAACGAAACUGUCGGUUUGUCCUGUCAUUGUGAAAGUUGUGUGUGUUGAGUUUCAAUAAUUAUUAUUGAAAAGUUUUAUUGACUAAACUGAGUUCAAUCGAAUACGAGUGAUGACGAAACUACCGCUCAGCCAUCCCUGACGUCUGCCAACAUAUAUAUAUCCUGAAUCUCGGAAACGGCUCCAACGAUUUUUAUAAAAUUUAGUAUGCAGGGGAUUUCGGGGGCGAUAAAUCGAACUGGCUACGAUUUAUUUUCAGAAAAUGUUGUUUUAUUCGUGUUAUCAAUAAUCAACUUUAUCGAUAAUCAACUUCAUGACUCUUCCCGACAUCUAUUGGCGAAUAAUAAUACUAUUUUUCAGCAAAUGGCAUUGUUAAGCCACCCGAAGGCACUUAAAAAUGCCUAAACGAUCUUGGAAUAUUUCAUCAUUUUAUCCAAUAUGUAGUUCGUAUUUAAAUAUUAUAAAAAAAAAAGAGCAAAGAGCUUGGUCUGUUAAAGUUAGUAUCAAAAUAAUGUUCUGUGGAUGGCGACAUCUGUUAGCAAAUAUUUGGCACACCUCAUAAUUGUCUAUUAUAAGAAUGAAAUAUAGUUAGUCUGUGAACAACCUCCGAGCGUGUUUUAUUAGGUUAUGGGCCCAGUCCCACUUUUAACAAAUUAUUAGAAGUUAUUCAGUGCAAUAGUUUCCUAAAAAGUGAAUUAUGUCGACGUCGGGCUACCUAGUUAAUGUGCCGAAACUCAAAGGUCGCGAAAAUUACGAUGAUUGGGCGUUCGCAACAAGUAAUUUUUUGCUGCUCGAAGGCAUUGACUUGGAGAACCUUUCCGCAGAAAUGAGUGAAGCUGAGAUAAAAAAAGCCAAAGCCAAACUCGUCAUGACUAUUGACUCUUCAUUAUACGCGCAUAUCAAGAGUGUGCGAAAGCAAGUACAACCAGCAUCAUUGAUACUUUACAGUACUAAUUUAAGACCAAAGUUUCAGUUCAGGAAAAAUAUUGACAGUGCUUUUCUCCACAAUGGUAUCACUAGUGGACUCCGAUCUCUAUCGGUUGAUUUUAUAUUACCGUGCUCCGAGUCUUACGUAUACAUUACUGACGACACUACCGGCGACCUCAUUGUCUUCUCGCUUCAGGACUUGCGUUUUACGAAAAUCAGCCGCGCAAGUAAUACGGCUGAUUCUUGGGAAUUUAUUGUGCCACAGUUUGAAACACAAUACAGGUUAGAAGUUGAAAAAUAUAGAAAAAGGCCAAAAGAAACGUACGAACACUAUGUGGAUUUUUUAAAUUCUACAAAUCAACUGUAUGAUCCAAUAAGUGAUUCAAGACCUCGUGAUACAUUUAACAACACCUACUAUCCAAAUUAUGAAGGGUUGCUCUACACGAAAAAUUUUGAAGGAAACAUUUUGCUAUUCACGAAUUGGAACCGUAACAAGCUUUACUGUUGGAAUAUGGAUACUCCAUAUGAAGAAGAAAAUGUUGAUUUACUCGCGAGACUCGAUGAGGCUGACUAUAGAUUUUCAGCCUUAGACGCAUCGGGUAGCGGUUGUUACGCACUAAUACAGAGAACUUUAAAUAGCACGUCGUCAAAGUUCAAUGAAGAGAAAUACAAUUUUUGGUUUUUCUCAAAUAACCUUGAGGAGCUGCUGGAGGGAUCAAAAUGCACCAAGAGUAACCAGUGCACGGAUUACGUGAUGCGGAGAUCGGCGAGCCAAACAUUACUAUUUUCCAAAAGAAUAGCACCAAAAUACGUAUCUGAUAACGUCAUUAGAAAUGUUGAAAAUAUAUGGAAGGUCAAGGGCAUUGUGAAUUAAGACACUCUGAAUCGAGCCUCGAACCGUGACCCUCAAAUACAAAACGGCGUUUUGGAAUUUAUAGUAGUACUUAAUAAAUAAACUGGCAGAACAA